GGUGCCGGAGCGCUGCGCACCGCGGUGCCGGGCGGGCGGUGGCCGAAGAGCAGCAGCAGCAGCGGCGGCGGCGGCGGCAGCAGCAGCAGCAGCAGCAGCAGCAGCAGCAGCAGCAGCAGCAGCAGCCAUGGCACGGGAGGGCAGCUCCCCGUGGGCUAUGGGUCUGCUGAAAACGUUUGAGGAGAGCGAAUUCGGCAGCUGGGAGAAGAUCGGCUCAGGGGGGUUCGGGCAGGUGUACAAGGUGCGACACCUCCACUGGAAGACCUGGCUCGCCAUCAAGUGUUCGCCCAGCCUUCAUGUGGAUGAAAAGGAACGUAUGGAGUUACUGGAAGAAGCCAGGAAGAUGGAAAUGGCAAAGUUUCGCUACAUCCUUCCUGUUUAUGGCAUCUGUAAAGAGCCAGUUGGCUUGGUCAUGGAAUACAUGGAAACAGGGUCUCUGGAAAAGCUCUUGGCUUCUGAACCUCUGCCCUGGGAAUUGCGCUUCCGCAUCAUCCACGAGACAGCUGUGGGGAUGAACUUCCUGCACUGCAUGUCCCCUCCACUGCUCCACCUGGACCUCAAGCCUGCAAACAUCCUGCUUGAUGCCCACUACCAUGUCAAGAUUUCUGACUUUGGACUUGCAAAAUGCAAUGGCUUGUCCCACUCCCAUGACAUCAGCAUGGAUGGCUUGUGUGGCACAAUUGCGUACCUGCCUCCUGAGCGCAUCAAAGAGAAAAACAGGUGUUUUGACACCAAACAUGAUGUGUACAGCUUUUCCAUUGUGGUUUGGGGAGUUCUUACCCAGAAGAAGCCUUUUGCAGAGGAAAACAACAUUUUACAUAUCAUGGUAAAAGUAGUUAAAGGCCACCGCCCAGAGCUACCUGCUGUUUCCAAAUCCAGACCUCAUUCAUGUAAUAACUUGAUCAAACUGAUGCAAAAAUGUUGGCAAGAUGAUCCUGGUGAACGGCCAACAUUUCAAGAAAUCACUUCAGAAACAGAGGCCCUUUGUGAAAAACCAGAAGAUGAAUCCAAAGAGGUGAUAACUCAGGAUCUGGACACCAAGAAUUCUCCAGAACAGCAGCCUGAGGGGACGUAUGCGUUAUCCCAGCCCAAACAGGAGCCUGCUCUUCCAUCAGUUAAGGAUUACAGUCUCUCAGAGUUGUUAUCCCAGCUGGAUUCGGGGAUUUCACAGACUAUGGAAGGCCCUGAGGAUCUCAGCCGUAGCUCUUCUGAAUCCAAACUUGCCUCCAGUGACAAGCGGCUCUCAGGAGUUUCAUCUGUAGAUUCAGCUUUUUCAUCCAGAGGCUCCCUUUCCCUUUCCUUUGAAAGGGAGAGCUCAGAUAUUGGUACUACAGACAUACAGAAGAGGAAGCUAACAGAGGCCAUUUUAUCUGGAGAUACCAGCAAGCUGAUGAAGAUCCUCCAGCCUCAAGAUGUUGAUAUUGUUUUAGAUGGGAACUCUAGUCUUUUGCACUUGGCUGUUGAAGCUGGUCAAGAAGAAUGUGUCAAAUGGCUCCUCCUGUACAAUGCUAACCCUAACCUCACGAACAAGAAAGGAUCUACUCCUCUGCACAUAGCCAUUGAGAAGAAAGUUAAGAGCAUUGUGGAGCUGAUUAUGGCUAGGAAAAUCAAUGUCAAUGCCAAAGAUGAGGAUCAGUGGACUGCUCUUCACUUUGCUGCCCAAAAUGGGGAUGAUUUCAGCACCAAAAUGCUGCUUGAUAAGAACGCAUCCGUGAACGAGGUAGAUUUUGAAGGCAGAGCCCCCAUCCACAUAGCCUGUCAGUACGGCCAAGAGAAUAUUGUGCGGAUCCUGCUGAGAAGAGGUGUCAAUGUGAACAUCAAAGGAAAGGACGACUGGGUGCCACUGCAUUAUGCUGCCUGGCAGGGUCAUCUCCCCAUCGUGAAGCUCCUAGCCAAACAGCUGGGUGCAAACGUCAACGUGCAGACUGUAGAUGGAAGGACCUCUCUACACUUGGCUGCUCAACGGGGACACUACCGCGUCGCUCGCCUUCUGAUAGACCUGGAGUCGGACGUCAACGUACAGAACGUGCUCUUGCAGACUGCUCUCCACAUAGCUGCUGAGACUGGCCACACAAGCACAUCCAGGCUCCUCCUUAAGCACGGUGCAGACAUCGAGGCAGUGACAGCAGAAGGAUACACUGCUCUCCACUUGGCAUCUCGUAGUGGCCAUUUAGCAACAACGAAGCUGCUGAUAGAUGAAAGGGCCAGCGUCCUAGCCAGAGGCCCUUUAAAUAGGACAGCAUUACACCUUGCUGCAGAAAAUGGGCACUCUGAAGUAGUAGAAGAACUUGUCAGUUCAGAAAAUGUCAAUGUUUCUGACAGUGAAGGGUUGACAGCUCUUCAUCUGGCUGCACGAGGAGGGCACACAAAAACAGUCGAGGUUCUUCUGAAGCACGGAGCACAGACUGACACGCAAAGAGCCACCUGUCAGACCCUGUUACAGCUUGCUCAGCAGAACAGUAAUAGCUCGGUUACGGUGUUGUUAAGUGAGACUUAAGCAAAAGGUACAGAAAUUGCUGCCUUUCUACCUGGUGCAAGAAGGCUGCUGGAGCUUGACUCACAAGGGCCUUCUCCAUUUGUGCCGUGGCCUGCUCAUCGGUGGUGUCAGGUGAUGGACUGAGGUGCAAUGAGCAGAAGUUACUUGUGGUUGAGUGUGCAAGUGAGAGCACACAUGGACUAAGGGCAGAUAUAAGGUGAAGAGCUGGAGUCUGCCAUGCCAUGGUCUAUAUCAGUAAUAAUGCGUGUGCCUGCCCUGUACACCUGUAUAUUGACAUUCCCCUCCUGAGGAUAUUGUGAGAGAAGGAUGCAACUUGUGGGUCCCCCCCUUGCUUUUUUCUAUUUUUCCUAAUGUGCCAAACUAAUUUAAGAACUAACAUUUUGCUCUUCUAUUUUCCUCAAAAAAAAAUUUUAAAAGGCAUAGAUUCCUGGUUUAUAGCCAUGAUCUAUAUUUUAGGCUGAAAGCCUGCAGUGUAAAAUAACACAUUAAAAAAUAUCUACUUUAAAUUAAUGCAAGAGUUGAGGAAAUGGCUAUUUAUGAUAUAGCUGAUCAUGUUUAAGUGUCAGAAGGUACUCUGUUUAACAGAGACAUUGAUUACAGAUUUCCAUGAACUCAUAAUUGAUGAGGCAGACUUCUUAACAAGGCAGGAUCCCUGAAAUACUUAAGCAGAGGGAAAAGCUUAAGACUGGUAUCUAUCCUCAUAUACAAUACCACCUUGUAUAUAUUCUAAGAUCAGUGGGCUGAACUAAGUGCUUAGUGGUUAGAUAUCUUAAAUGAAAAAGUCAAAAGCUAAAAUUCAUACUUCACUGUCACUGGAUGGUAUAUUCUAACACCAUUAUACCAAUUUGCAAAACAAUGUUUGGAGGGGCUGAUGACUAGACUGAUAUACUGUGUAUAUAGUAUUUCUACCUGUUGUAUGCUUUUUUUCUA